CUGGCCAUGCCAGAGGCUGGAACUGACUACGGGAGUUCGUCGCGGUCGCCUCGCGAGGGAAGGUGGCACGGCGCCCAGAUUCUCAGAGCGUGUGGUGCGUCGUUGCUCGCGCCUGCGCACCUGGCCGCCCUGGGCUGGCCUCGGUCCGCUCGCUUGCGCCUGCUGGCGCUGUGCCUGAUUCUGCUUCUGUUGCUCGGGCUCGAGCCUCCGCGGUACCGACCUCACCGUUCCGCCCGAGCUUCGCGGGCAGCAGCCCUCCCGUGGCAGCCAUGACCGAGUCGUUGAUCUUCCGCGGGGAGCUGAAAGCCCACCGCGGCUGGGUCACGUCCAUCGCGACCACCUACGAGCAGAGCAGCCUCGUGGUCUCCGGGUCCCGCGACAAAAAGGUGAUGAUUUGGGAGCUCACCCCAGAGGGCGAGUUCGUGGGCUAUGCUCGCCGAGCCCUCUCCGGGCACUCCGAGCCUGUGGCCAGUGUGGUCCUCUCCUCCGACGGCCAGUUCGCCCUUUCUGGCUCCUGGGACCGCACCAUGCGGCUCUGGGACCUGAACACCGGCGCCACAGCUCGCACCUUCCAGGGGCACGCCAAGGACGUUAAUAGCGUGGCUUUCUCUGGGGACAACCGCCAGAUCGUGUCAGGCAGCCGCGACCGCACGAUCAAGCUCUGGAACACCCUGGCGGAGUGCAAGUACACCAUCACCGAGGACAUCCACACGGAUUGGGUCAGCUGCGUUGUGUUCUCCCCGUCGGCCAAGAUGCCGCUCAUUGUGUCGGCGGGCUGGGACAAGCUCGUCAAGGUCUGGAACCUGAGCAACUGCAAGCUGCGCACCAACCUCGUCGGCCACACUGGCGUCGUGUACGUGGCCACCGUCUCGCCGGACGGCUCCCUGUGCGCCUCUGGCGGCAAGGACGGCACGGCCAUGCUGUGGGACGUGAACGACGGAAAGCACCUGUACUCCCUGGACGCGGGCGGGACCAUCAAUGCGCUGGUCUUCAGCCCGAAGAAUUACUGGCUGGUCGCCGCGACGGACACCGCGAUCAAGGUCUGGGACCUGGAGAAUAAGCACGUGCUGGACGAGCUGCUCCCCACUGCGCCGCCCAAGAACGGGAUCCCCUGGUGCGUGUCGGUGCAGUGGAGCGCCGACGGCAACACGCUCUUCGCCGGCUCCACCAACGGCAGCAUCUACGUGUACGAGGUCGGCGCGGAGUGAGGAUGGCGCUCCGAGGGCUCCUGAAGGCCGCGGCGGCGGCGAGGUCACGGGCCCACCCCCGCAGCCGACUGCCGGCCCUCGUGCCGGAGGAAGGCCCCAGGGCGCGGGGGUGCGCCGAAUGAGCGAGGUGAUGAUGAUUGGGUAGCGAGUUGAAGGGAAGAAAACGACAUGAAGUCUUCGGAGCCAGCUAUUGGAAGGGAGGGGCCCGAUAGACGGGUUUGGGAUCGGAGUGCGACGAUAGCGGUUUUGCGGCGCGCCGAGUGAUCUCUGCGGCAUGCUGGGCUGCCACGCGGCAGGCAGCGCGCGCGGGACAAAAGCAACGCUUUUGUUGCCUGCCUGUCUUAUUGCUGGCCUGCUCGUGGUUGUGCUCGUC